AUGCCGUCGAAGGGGAAUUCAUUCACGGAGUACAGUGAGAAGCCGGGCUCGCGGCGGCCCGGCUUGCUGAAGAACCAGCUGCGGCUGGUGCGGCGAGUGAUGCCGGACGGCAAGGCGCGCAAGGAGAUAGCUCCGGUGGAGGAGCAGCUGUCGUUCGAGAAGGGCUUCUUCCUCUUCAUCCGCGCCGUGCAGCUCCUCACACAGAACAACGCAGGCGUGAUUCUGGUGGGGCUGGCGGGGCCGUCGGGCGCGGGGAAGACGGCGUUCACGCACAAGGUGGCGGGCUUCAUGCCCUCCAUCGCCGUGCUCUCCAUGGACCACUAUAACGUCGCCUCGCGCGUCAUCGACGGCAAUUUUGACGAUCCGCGCAUCACGGACUACGAGCUGCUGCUGGAGAACAUCGAGGGGCUGAGGCGAGGCGAGGCGGUGCAGGUGCCCAUCUACGACUUCAAAUCCAGCCAGCGCGUCGGCUUCAGGGAGCAAGCAGUCCCCAAGUCGCGUGUGAUCAUCCUGGAGGGCAUUCACGCCCUCAACGAGCGGGUGAGGCCGCUGCUGGACCUGCGAGUGGCCAUCACGGGCGGGGUGCACUUUGACCUCGUCAAACGCGUGCUGCGCGAUAUCGACCGGUCGGGGCAGGCGCCUGAAAGCAUCAUUCAACAAAUUUCCGAGACGGUGUACCCGAUGUACAAGGCGUUCAUAGAGCCGGAGCUCAAGACGGCGCACAUCCGCAUGGUGAACAACUUCAACCCCUUCUCCGGCUUCCAGGACGCCACCUACCUCCUCAAGUCGCGAGCAGAGGGCGAGGGGUGGGAGGAGCGGGUGAGAGCGGUGCUGGCAGGGGGGCAUGCAAGGGAGGAGGUGGAGACGUACGAGAUCUACCUGCUGCCGCCCGGAGAGGACAAGGACACGUGCCAGUCAUACCUGCGCAUGCGCAACCGCGAUGGGCGCUACUCGCUCAUGUUUGAGGAAUGGGUGACGGACGGUCCUUUUGUAAUCACACCGCGCAUCACCUUCAGCGUGUCGGUGCGGCUGUUGGGAGGGCUGAUGGCGCUGGGGUACGAGAUAGCCCACAUCGUUCACCGCGAGUCCAUCGUGCUCAAAGAGCAGGGCGAGCAGGGGGGUCAGGGAGAGGCCAGCAGCAUGCUUUCAGUCAAGAUUGACAAGAUUGAGCAGCUCAAAGCCACCUACGUGCAGGUGAUAGGCAAGGACCGCAAGCGUGUGAAGGAGGUGGCGGAGCAGCUGGGCAUGGAGGGGGAGGGGGGGUACAUCUCCCAUCCUUAUAUCGAGGAUAUCAAGCUGCACCACCUCACUCAAGAGAUUCAGAGCAACCAGCCGUCCCCCCUCUCCUCCAACGCGCUCAAGGCUCGUCUGCGUAUAUCAGACGACAUUCUGCCCUUCAGCCCCCCCGUGGGCCCGCGCUUUGCCUCGCCUACCUCCUCCUCCUCUGCUGCUGCUGCCUCCUCCUCCUGGUCGGCAGGCGGCCACAAGCUCGACAAGACCAAGAGCCUAGCGUCCAUGGGACAGGGAGACCCGUCUCCAGACAGCAUGCCAGCCCCCACAGCCGCUUUAGCCAAGGCGGAGAUCAGCACCAUGCGCUCUGCCUGCUCCGCCACUGCCCUGGAGCUGCUCAAGCUGGAUGCUAGAGGGAGCCCUGGGGAAGGGGGGGAGGGCGAGGCUGAGCAGGGGCGGCGGGCGGUGGAAGCAAGCCCUGCAGGGCGUGGUGGUGGUGGGAGGGGAACGUCUCGCACUCGUCAAGGGAGGGGUGCUGACGAGCAGCAGGAGGGGCAGCAGCAGCAGCAGCAGCAGGCGCCAGUGGUGCUGUCGGCAUCGGCGGUGGCGAAAAUGCCCACCCCACCCCUCACCGCCUCGUCCUCCUGUCCAUCCGCCCUAUCCUUUGGUGUGCAGCUGCGCAGCAACGAGGUCGUGGAGGGCAAGCUAGUGAGCAUCGCACAGCAGAUGGAUCGGCUGUUGUUGAGUCGACUCACAGCUGCAGAGCAACAAGGACGUGGAGGGCAAGCUAGCGAGCAUCGCACAGCAGAUGGACCGGCUGCUGUUGAGUCGACUCGCAAGUCAUUUCGUUCCCCCCCUGUGCUGUGGAUUUCAACCGUGCAGCUGCAGAGCAACGAGGACGUGGAGGGCAAGCUGGCGAGCAUCGCACAGCAGAUGGACCGGCUGCUGCAGCGCUUGGAGCAGGUCGCGCAGGCACGCAGCUGUGGCAGCAGCAAACCACCCGCCUCCAGCCUUGCCAGUCGAGCAGAGGGGCACGGCGGGCGCACGGCUGAGGGCGGUCCACAGGGACAGCAGGGCUCCAGUGGUGGUAGCGCGGUGCAGAAUGGCUUGGUGUUUGUUCCGCUGGGGCAGGAUGGCGACAAGAGUGCGAGGGAGGGUGGGGGCGGAGGGAGCGGGCUACAGAGGGAUGUGAAUGUUGUGGCGGAGCAACAGCGGCACAUGACUCGCCAGGUGAGGGGUGUUGAGACAGCAGGUGAGGGGCGGUGGUGGCAGCGUGGUAGGUUGAGAACAUUCCCGUUGUGA